CCUUGGAGCACACUCGCCUACUGGUAUCAUCACAAGGUGGUCAGGCGAUUAUAGACAGAGAGAGAGGUGCGAAGUGGGAACAUCCACUCUGAAUUAAGCAACGGCUAUCACUGCCUGUUUUCAGAGACCCGCGACUUAUUGUGGAACUUCGUGAGCCUUCGAUUCCGCUCUUUGGGUGAAGCCUUCAAUCCUCGCUUUAUAGUGAGCACACCAAAUGGCAGAGCUGAGGCCCUUGGAGGUUGAGCAAUUCGAAAGAUUAAGCUCGUACCCUUUCAGUGCGGAUCGAGAAUUUGCGGUCGGGCUUUCAAUAAUACUAGGUCAUCCGGAAUUGCCUGCGUCGGAAGCAGAAAUCAAUCGCAGUGAUGACCUUACACUCCAAGCCAAAUGCUUCUAUUUCUCAAGGAAAGAAAAGCUCACGCCGCCGCUCAACUUCUCAGACUACAAAACCUGGUUGGGGUCAGCGCCAGCAGGGGCUGCUUCCUUAAUUAAGACGGCCAUGCAGCAAUCCAACCCUGCCGGCUUUUCGUCUACAAACCAUACAGGGGACAUACCGAAAUCUUCCGAGGAGCCUGCUUACCCCUCAUCAUUCGCACAUAUAGUUGAACUGAUCACAACUGGUCAGCCAAUUCCAGGGAUUCAGCAAAUUCCAGAUACAGUCUUGACAGGACAUGAUACGCCAAGUGAGAAGCCAAAGAGACGGAAGCCGUGGGAGAAAGAAAAAGGUAUUGAAGAUCAGGACAUCUGAAUACGUCCAUGCAGGGCCUGAAGAUCUACAAGCCGGGUAUGAUGACUUCUGAGGGGCAGGGCAUGAUUGUGUUCAGUCUGCAGACAAUAUAAUUCCCGCAGGUUACAGGGCUGCAAAGAAUAACAACCUCAGACAAAUGAGUGAUUGAAAUGAUACAUUAAU